AUGUGGAGUAACCUGAAGAGCAGAUGUCAGACCCUGUUCCACAGCAGCAGUGGAGCUUCAGAGGGACGUCCUGAAGAGGUGCACUGUGUGGUGGAGCUGAGUCCCUCUGAGGCCCCCCUCUCUGCACCCUCCAGUCCGGCCCGGAGCCCACCACCCCCAGCCACCACAGGACGGCGCCAUCACAACUGUGUGUCAGACAUCCCGCAGAUUGUGGAGAUCUCCAUAGACAAAGACACAAAGGACUUACACGGCGGGGCGGGAGUCCCCCUGGCCCGUAGAGACUCGUACUCUCGCCACGCGCCCUGGGGCGGCAAGAAAAAACACUCAUGUUCCACCAAAACACAGAGCUCUCUGGAGGGCCGCUCGGGCCGGCUGAGGACCAGCCGCAGAGAGCGGCGCCACGGCGUCAGCUCGGCUCCAGAGAUGUGCGACUCUGCCCCGGGACGAGGGCUGAGCGGCCGCAGCCUCAGACAGCGCCUCAGCGACACGGUGGGUCUGUGUCUGCCUCUGCCCACGCACAGACGCUCGCACUCGGCCAAGUCUCCCAUCUCCACCAAACGUAAGAUUCACCUGACAGAGCUGAUGCUGGAGACCUGCCCCUUCCCCCCAGGCUCGGACCUGGCCCAUAAGUGGCAUCUGAUCAAGCAGCACACGGCCCCCGUGAGCCCCCACUCUUCCACCACGCUGCUGGACGCCUUUGAGCCGGGACAGACGUCUCCAGAGGACGAGGAGGAGCGUCUGCGGGAGCGGCGACGCCUCAGCAUCGAGGAGGGCGUCGACCCACCACCCAACGCCCAGAUCCACACCCUGGAGGCCUCUGUGUCCAGCUCCACGCUCUACAAACUGGGACCAAAGAUGACCCCUGGCCUGGCGGAGGCCGAGGGCCUCUUGGGGGUCUCGUCACAAGACUGUGACUCUGAGGAAGAUUCCACCACCCUGUGUCUUCAGGCUCUACGGCCCAAACAGAGGCACGCCUCAGGGGAGGGCCACAGCCGGCAGCAGCCGGGGCCCUGGAAGGUGCACACUCAGAUCGACUACAUCCACUGCCUGGUCCCCGACCUGCUCCAGAUCAGCGCGCUGCCGUGUUACUGGGGCGUCAUGGACCGGUACGAGGCCGAGGCUCUGCUGGACGGCCGGCCCGAGGGCACCUUCCUGCUGCGGGACUCUGCACAGGAGGACUACCUGUUCUCCGUUAGCUUCCGCCGCUACAACCGCUCGCUGCACGCGCGCAUCGAGCAGUGGAACCACAACUUCAGCUUUGACGCACACGACCCGUGUGUGUUCCACUCGUCCACGGUGACCGGGCUGCUGGAGCACUACAAGGACCCGAGCGCCUGCAUGUUCUUUGAGCCGCUGCUGACCGCACCGCUGCACCGGACCUUUCCCUUCUCGCUGCAGCACUUAGCGCGCGCUGCCAUCUGCAGACGCGCCUCGUACGACGGCAUCGGCCUACUGCCUCUGCCUCCCGCGCUGCUGGACUUUCUAAAGGAGUAUCAUUACAAACAGAAAGUACGAGUGCGCUGGCUGGAGCGGGAGCCGCCGCUCAAGCUCAAAUAG